UCUGGUUUUCUGAGCUAGAGCCCAAACCAAAACCUCUCUCCUCUCACCCACCUUAAAAAUGCUCCUCCUUUCACUGCUACUCUUCUCCUCCUCCCCCUGCCUCCACUUCACCUCUCAUGAGCACACCUCUCCACCCCUUUCUUCUCCUUCCACAGAGUAGAGCGAGGUAGCGGAGGAAAUGGACUUGGGUGGGGUGGCGGGCAUGGAAGGACUGGUGGGGGGCGCCUCUUCCGAGGGUGGGAGUCUCUUCUCCUCUUCACUGGCUUUCUCUGACUCUGAAAUCAAGCAAGCGGGGGUCUUUGGCUCUAGUUUCCUCAAGCAUGCGAGGCCUGGAGGUUCUGAGGAGAAUGACUGGAGGUUCCCCAAGAUGGCCAGGACUGAGGCAAUGGCGGUACCGACGAACAUCACCAGGGGAGCUGCCUCCCUCUAUAGAUCCAACUCCCACUCCCUCUUCCCUGAGGGGGAGCAAAUGCUCAGCUUCUCAUCAACGCCUUCCUCCAAGCCGGAUGCCAUGGUGCUUAGCAGUGAUGGGACCUUACCUUACUACCAUCACCCAUCAGCAUCUUCGUCGGCACCUUAUUUCAGGAAUGCAGGUGUUUCAGGCUCAAAUGCAAACAUGAAUGGGGUUUUGGCAAGGUUGAGGGGGCCCUUUACUCCAUCCCAGUGGAUGGAGCUGGAGCACCAGGCAUUGAUCUACAAGUUCAUUGAUGCAAAUGUGCCCAUACCACCCAGCUUGCUUAUCUCAAUCAGAAGAAGCCUCAGCCCAUCUGGGUAUCCUCCCAUCUCAGCUGGAUCAUUUGGUUCCAGUGCACUGGGAUGGGGACCAUUUCAUCUGGGAUAUUCUGGGAAUGCUGAUCCAGAGCCUGGUAGAUGCCGUCGAACUGACGGGAAAAAAUGGCGGUGCUCGAGGGAUGCAGUUGCUGACCAGAAGUACUGCGAACGACACAUGAACCGGGGCCGCCAUCGUUCAAGAAAGCAUGUGGAAGGCCACGCUGGCCAUGCCGCUAAAGCGAUGCCCAUCAUCGCUCCUUCACAAUCUGCUUCAGCUGUUUCUGGCAGUGGAUCAUCUAGCAGCCUCACCGUAGCACAGCAGCAGACGAAAAGCUUGCAGCCAAAUGCAGCCGAUCCUUGCCCUGCACCGCUCAACAGGAUGCUAGUGAGCAAAGAGAAUGUAAAUGAUCAUGUGCAGGACUCACAGGGCCUCUCCACACUAAAUUCUAUUAACCCAAAACCUGUGAACACCUUAUUUCCCUUCUCUAAGCAGCAUGAUCCUUUUGAUGUAGCCUCAUCCCAAGCAGGCUUUGGACACAUUUCCACUGAAAUCGUUCUCGAUCCUUCAAGAAGCUCCUCAGAGAAGUUCAGCUUCAUACCUACUCCAAAACUGAAUGAGCAACCACCCCAACCCCAUCCUCUUCGACAUUUCAUUGAUGACUGGCCUAAAAACCAGUCUGCCCGCUCAACCAUCACCUGGCCUGAUGUCGAGGAAAUGCAAUCUGACCGAACCCAACUCUCCAUUUCAAUCCCCAUGGCUUCGUCAGACAUCUCAUCAUCAUCCUCUUCUCCUAACCAGGAAAAGCUUACACUUUCACCCCUUAAGUUAUCCCAGGAUUUUGAUCCCACUCAUAUGGGUCUAGGAGUAGGAGGUGUUCUGAAUGAGGUGAGCCAACGACAGGCAAGCUGGAUACCUAUCUCCUGGGAGGCCUCCAUUGCUGGACCAUUAGGAGAGGUCUUGACCAACACCUCCAGCACUCCAAAGGACCAAAGCAAGAACUGCUCCUCAUCAUCUCUAAACCUCUUGACAGAUGGCUGGGAUUCAAGUCCUACAUUCGAGUCAUCCCCCACAGGUGUCCUGCAGAAGACCACCUUUGGCUCGGUGUCGAGCAGCACUGGGAGUAGCCCCCUGGCAGAGAGCCACAAGGCCCAUGAUAGCACCGGCAGCUUGUGCAAUGAUCUCCUCGGCUCAAACAUUGUGGAUCCCCCAACAACCAUCCCCUCACUGUAGAGUCUUCUGACCGAGACACAAGUACAAGAAGACAGCACCAAAAAGAAACUACUCAAAAGAGCAGCAUAGAGAAGGCACUGAAGAAGGCAUGCAACCUGGGUUGUGGAAAGUAGGUUAUAGUUUUAAGUAUGCAACUCAAGAACAUGGAACCUUUUUGUUUUGAGUUUGUUUAUUUUAUCCUCUAUGUUCUUUAUUUUUUUCUCUCAUCUUUGUGCUCUGUUCAACAGUCCGCUGUCCGCAUACUUUAUGGAUGGUUUGUGUGAAGAAUCGUCGUUGUUGUGCUGGAAAGUGUCCUUCUGGCCUGUGUUUCUGCAGCUUUGUUUAUGAGUGCAGGUUAAAUUUGGUA